AUGAGUUCAAAUUUAUCAUCACCCACUUCUUCAACUACGACAUCUCCAGUCAUUGUAGGUCAUCGUGGAUUUAAAUCUAAAUAUGAGGAAAAUACUUUAUUUGGAUUUAAGAAAUGUUUUGAGACUGGAGCUAAGGUGAUUGAAACCGAUUUAUGGUUGAGUAAAGAUAAUGUAAUCGUGAUAUCUCAUGAUCAAUCCACAAAAAGAAUAUUUGUAGAUGCUCAAGGUCAAGAAACAAAUUAUAAAAUUCCAGAAACUGAUUAUAAUCCAAUUUUGAAAUCAUUAAGAACAAAAGAGAGGAAUGAACCAUUAUUGACUUUUAAAGAUGUAUUAAAUUGGUUUAUAAGUUAUAUUGAAACACAACCUGAUUCUAAUGAAUAUAAACUACAAUUGGAUAUAAAAAGAUUCAAUCAACCAAAGAUACUUAAAUUUGUUAUUGAAGAUUUAUUAUCUGUCAAUGAUUCGUUAAGUUUUUGGUUUCAUAGAAUUCAAUUUGGAUUAUGGGAUUUAAAUUUUUUAAAAUAUUUGAAUCAAAAUGAAUAUUUUCAAAAAGUGUUUGAAGGUUGUAAAGUUAAUGAUUUUGGGUAUUCUCAAUUUGAUAUUUUUCAUAUUAGUGUAAAUUGGAGAGAUUCAAUUCAUUAUAUAAAUUAUAAUUUUUACCUUGAUGAGAAUCAUAAUGAGAGGAUCAAAAUUAAAUUAACGGGAAUUUCUUUGAUUUAUUUAAGUACAUGGUCAAUUGGAUUCAUAACUAAAUUUAUUCCACUACUCAGAAUACAAAAUUUGAAAUUAUACUCAUGGACAAUCAAUAAUAAGAUUCAAUUCAAUUAUCUUAAUGAAGUUGGUAGAUUGUCAAAUUUGAUUGAGUAUGGAAUUAUUACAGAUUAUCCUGACGUCAUGUCUAGAAUUAAGACAAUUGAAGAAGAAUUAAAUAUUGAAAUGGGGAAAGAAAUGUUAGUUAGAUCAGAAAGUAAAGAUUAUUAUAAUGAGGAUGGUUUAUUAAGUAUAAAUUUAUCUUUAAAACAAAAAUUAUUAUAUUUUAUUUAUAAAUAUUUUAACUAUUUUGCUGGACAAAAAAGAGUACUUGAUGAUGAAACUAAAUUUGAUGCCAAAGUUGAUGAAAAUGAAAUUAGAUAUAUUCAUAUUAAUCCAUUCUUUAUGUGGGUUUUCCAAACUUGUCAAAAAUAUGGAUUACUUUAA